UAAUUUAUAUCUCCUAUACUAAAUUACAUCUCUUUUCAUUCUCAUCAUGGAAAAGUUUCUUCUUCUUUCUCUUUUGUUUUCCAUGGCAAUUAUCACAUGUUCAGCCACUACCUACACUGUGGGAGAUAGCUCUGGCUGGGACAUUAGCAGUAAUCUUGAAACUUGGGUUGCUGAUAAAACGUUCAAGAUAGGCGACGCUCUUCUUUUUCAAUAUUCAUCGUCGUAUAGCGUUGAUGAGGUUACAAAACAUGACUUUGAGACAUGCAAUACGACGAAAGUGUUAGCAAAUUACGGAAAUGGAAACACGACGGUGCCAUUGUCAAAAGGCGGAGAUAGGUAUUUUGUAUGUGGAAACAAAUUGUUUUGCCUUGGCGGAAUGAAACUUCAUGUUCAUGUGGAUGACGAUGGAAAAUCGAUUUCGCCAGCUUUGGCACCUAAAGCAGAAGCUGGCACUGAUCAAAGGACGGAUACACUUCCAGAGUCUCCUUCAACAAAGAAGAGCACAGAAUUUUCCAAGGGAGUUGCAAAUUGUGCACAGAUAGUUUAUAUUGCUAUUCCUGUAGCUUUUUAUUGGAUGAUGCAGAUCUGAGAAACAAAGAAUGGCUACAGAAACGUUUAUAAGUUUAUGUUUUGAGUAUGAGUCUAUUGUUUUGUGAUGUUAAUUAAGAAAAAAAAUGGUAGUUUUGUUUGGUUUGUAAGACUCAUGAAUUAUACAUUGUACAUGAUAGUUGAACAUGAUUAAAUGACAGGAACAUUCAUCUUACUUAUAUGUAACUACCUAUUUCUAAAGGUGUUUGCACAUGUUUUGG